AUGGCAAGAGUGAACAUUGACAUGGAGCUAGAGGAAGAAGGCGCAGGCGGGUUCACGGCUAAAGCGAUCGCGCAGAGAGACAGAGUGGACGAAGAGGCCUUGAAUUUCUCCUACGAGGAUGAUUUUGACAAUGAUGUUGAUGCUCUUCUGGAAGAGGGCCUCUGUGCUCCCAAAAAGAGGCGAAUGGAAGAGAAAUACGGAGGAGACAGCGACCACCCAUCGGACGGGGAGACAAGCGUUCAGCCAAUGAUGACCAAGAUUAAAACCGUGCUCAAAAGCCGUGGCCGCCCGCCGACGGAGCCGCUGCCCGACGGCUGGAUCAUGACGUUCCACAACUCCGGAGUGCCUGUGUACCUGCACCGGGAGUCGCGGGUGGUCACCUGGUCGCGGCCCUACUUCCUGGGGACGGGAAGCAUACGGAAACACGGCCCCCCCCUGACCAGCAUCCCCUGCCUGCACUACCGGAAGAUGAAGGACAGCGAGGAGCGGGAGCGGGGCGUGGGGCUUGCCCCCCCGGAGCCAGAUGUGCCCCCAGACGAGCCUGACCCCCUAGGGGCCGAUGCGGGGCCCCCAGACGAGAAGGACCCGCUGGGGGCCGAGGCCGCGCCUGGGGCCCUGGGGCAGGUGAAGGCCAAGGUGGAGGUGUGCAAGGACGAGUCCGUCGACCUUGAGGAGUUUCGGAAUUACCUGGAGAAGCGCUUUGACUUUGAGCAAGUGACCGUGAAGAAGUUCAGGACGUGGGCUGAGCGUCGGCAGUUCAACCGAGAAAUGAAGCGAAAACAGGCCGAGUCAGAGAGGCCCAUCCUGCCCGCCAACCAGAAGCUCAUCACACUGUCUGUGCAGGACGCGCCCACAAAGAAAGAGUUUGUCAUCAACCCCAACGGGAAGUCUGAGGUGUGCAUCCUGCACGAGUACAUGCAGCGCGUGCUCAAGGUCCGCCCCGUGUACAGCUUCUUCGAGUGCGGUGAGUGCCGCCGCCCCUCCCGGCCUUCCUGUCCCCGCCUUGUGUCUCGGCCUCCUCGGGCAUCGGGCGCUGCCUGGGGCUGCUUGUCAGCCCCGCCUGCUGGGAUGAGACGGGAAAUGGAGGGGGUCGUCCUCACCUGCCGCCCCCUCCCCACGCCCUGCGCACAGCGUCUGCCCCCCCACAGCCACCCCGGCCUCCGGCUGGAGGAGCCGCGGUCCUGUGCUGGUUUCCGGCCCCUCUGUGCUGCCUGCAGCGCUCCUGAGUGA